UUGUAAAAGAAGAGAAUAAAUCUAGUCCAUCGGAGUCACAGAAACCCAUUGCUGUUCAGACAGCACAAAAAUCCUUUCCUGACACACCUGCUAUACUAAAAAAAGCUGACACUUCAAAGGAGGAGACAAGCUUUUUGAGUGUUGCCGGUGCUAAGUCACCAUCUCCUCAGCCUGAUGUCGCUUCAGUUUCUGGGAAGGUUCGAGGCUUUGGCUCAUCCUUAUUUAGCUCAGCAUCUAAUUUGAUUUCAUCAGCUCUUCAAGAUGAACCUUGUACCACACCACCAACUUCUAGAAAGGGUUCUACAAUUCCUCAAAAAUCUGAAAACGAAAAAAAUGUUUCUCAAAUAUCAGAAGAAGACACUCCAACACCACGUACAUCGCACAAUGGGUCGAUAGCACAGAAAGAAGAAGAAAAGACAGAACUGAAAAUCACAUCAGAUGACCAGUCAACUGUGUCACCUUCUCUUGUCAAAAAAGAUGAUCAUCUCAAUAAGCCUCUUAAACCUUGUCCACUGUGCAAGGUGGCUCUCACAAAAGAUCCACCCAACUAUGACACCUGCACUGAAUGUAAAACCACUGUGUGUAAUCUUUGUGGAUUUAGUCCUAUGCCACCACAAACUGAAAUGAAAGAAUGGCUUUGUUUGAACUGCCAGAUGCAUCGAGCACCAGGGGCUCCAUCUAUACAGCUUCAGCAACAUGCUAACAAAGUACCACCACCAGCUUCACCACAACAGAAGGCAAAAUCUCUUGUUGGAAAGCCAGAGGAGAGACCUACUCAAGUAGAGACAAAGAAAUCCAUUUCAACACCUUCAAAACAACAACCCAUUGCUCCAACACCAAAAGUUGAACCUUCAAAGAAGGAGCCCGGCUUCUUUGGAUUUGGUGGUGCUCGUUCUCGAUCUCCAUCUCCUCAGCCAGCUGUCUCUGCGGUUUCUGGAAAAGUUCUAGGCUUUGGUUCUUCUCUCUUUAGCACAGCAUCUAAUUUAAUUUCUUCAGCUGUUCAUGAUGAGCCUACAACACCACCAACACCUCAUAAGGGUUCUGUUACUUCUUCCACUUCUGUAAAGACCACACCAGCAACUCCUCCUACUUCUCAGAAACAAUCUGUAGAGCCAGAAAAAUAUCAGACUAAAGACACCAAAACUCAAGCCGAAGAGGAAAACACUCCUGCUGCAAAGAAACAUCAGAAUAAACUAAAUGAAAAGCAAGUCAAAAUGACUAAGGUAACAGAUGAAUAUCCAAAAAUGGAAGAAACUUCUAAGCAUCAGAAUGUUGCAUGUCCUCUCUGUAAGAUAGCACUUAAUGUUGGAUCAACUGAAACACCUAACUACAAUACCUGCACGGAGUGCAAGGACACAGUGUGCAACCGCUGUGGAUUUAACCCCAUUCCCCAUCAGACUGAGGUUUAUGAAUGGCUGUGCCUAAACUGUCAAACACAGAGAGCAUUAAAGGGAAUUGAACCACAAGAACGACAAGCAAAACCAGAUAUUGUAUCAACUUCAACAAUGGUUCCAAGCAACAUCAUACCCAAAACAGCAACUGAUGCUUGUGAAACCAACAAAAAGGAUCUAACUCAGGUUCAGGCAUCUCAGAAAGAUGUCCCUGCUGCAGAUCAAAAUAAAGUUUCUAAUCUAACUCCUGUUCAAAAUGAUAACAUUCCAAAUACAGACACAACCCAAGUGAAUGAUGCUCUAAUUGACAUGGUAGUUAAAAAAGCCCAGAGAAAAGAAACUCUUGCUGACACUAAAGAGGGGACUCCAAUAAAAGAUAUGCUGCCUUCUGAAUCAACAGCUGUCAUGGGGGAUCAAAAAUCUACAGUUCCUCAGAAAACUGGAAUUGACCAAGAAUCAACUGGAAAGACAACUGACAAUAACUCAGAAAUUCUGGAGAAACCUGAGCAAUCGCAAUCUAAAUCCUCUGCACCAGAAUUAGACAACUCAAAGCAGGAAUCAAGCUUCUUUGGGUUUGGAUUUGGCAGUACUAAAUCACAAUCUACACCAACCAAACCUGCUGACACAAGCACAGGGAAACUCUUUGGUUUUGGUGGUUUGACUGAGACACCCUUACCACAAUCUGGCUCUUCUGUUUCUGGGAAGGUUUUAGGUUUUGGAUCUUCCAUCUUCAGCUCAGCUUCUAAUUUGAUCUCAUCAGCUGUUCAUGAUGAGUCCGUCACAACACAACCAAGUUCUCGUAAGGGUUCCACAGUUUCCCAGACAUCUGUCAAAACAGCCACACCACCCUCUUCCCGUAAAGGGUCAACAGUUUCCCAAGCAUCUCUUAAAACAACGCCGACUUCUUGUAAGUUUUCUGCUGCUUCCCAGCCUUUCUUCAAGACCACCCCUACUGGAGACACUAAACCAUCUGAUUCACAAAAACAAGAUGAAAAGGCAGCAGAUGAAAAGUCAAAGAUCAAGGUAGAUGUAGCAUCUUCAGAACCUGCCAAACCACCUGAUUCACAGAAACAAACUGAAAAGACACCAGAUGAGAAGUCAGAAGUCAAAUCAUCUGCUCCUUUGCAAUCAGCCUCUAAACCAGCUCAGUCUAGUUGUCCUAUCUGCAAAGUGAAGCUGAAUGUGGCCUCUGAAGACCUGCCUAAUUUCAACACUUGCGCUAAAUGCAACAACAAUGUAUGCAAUCAGUGUGGAUUUGAUCCCAUGCCAAGUCAGACAAUGGUAAAACAAUGGCUUUGCAUGAAUUGCCAGAAAGCAGAAGGAGGAAGAGAACCAAUAGGAAGUUCCAUGAUACAGCCUCAUCUGACAUUGCCCAAAAAGGACAGUCAGUCACCAAAUUCAGUGCACAAAUUAGCUGAAACAUCCACUGUAUGUGUAGAUGGGAAGACAUCAAUUCUCCCAGAAGCAGCAAAGACAGAUCAUCGACAGCCAAGCUUGAAUGAAAAUGUGCUGCCUCCAAAAAAAGAGCUGUCCCAACAAAAAGCACAAGAAGAGAAAGAUCUAAAAUCACAGAAACAGGUGACAAAAGGUACAGAGUCACCAGCCAGAUCCACUCCACCCUCACAGGCUGAGGUUCCAAAGCAGCAAUCAAGUUUCUUUGGAUUUGGCGUCAGUACUGGUAAUUCUCAAGCUACCUCUUCUAAAUCCUCUGAAUCGAUGACUGGGAAGCUCUUCGGAUUUACUGGAUUGACUGAGACAGCCAGAUCACGAUCACCAUCCCCACAGUCUAUGACUAAUGUUCCUGGAAAGGUUUUAGGAUUUGGAUCAACCAUCUUUAGUUCUGCCUCCAAUUUGAUUUCAUCAGCUCUUCAGGAUGAGUCAUCUCCACCAGUCUCUCGAAAAGGCUCUACAGUAUCUCAAUCAUCUAUACCAGCUACUUCUCGUAAGGGUUCUAUAGUCCCCACUGGAGAGCCCAAACCUCCCAUAUCAAAGAGGCUAGAUGACAAGCCAGUAGAUAAGAAGACAGAAGAACUGAAUUUGACCAAAGCCAAAUUAUCUGUUACUGAAAAGCAGGAAGCUAUGCCUGAGCCUGUGGAAGUGACAACAAUGCCUAAAUCUCCUUCCAAAGCAAACCAACCAAACUGCCCACUUUGUAAGGUGGAUCUUAAUGUUGGCUCAAAAGAACUUCCCAACUACAAUACAUGCACAGAGUGCAAAGAUAUGGUGUGUAAUCUCUGUGGAUUUAACCCCAUGCCUCACCUUGCCCAGGGAGAGUGGCUAUGCUUGCACUGCCAGACUCAGAGAGCCCUAUCUGGUAACCUGGGAGACAUGGGACAAAUUCCUAGACCAUUUCCUACAUCUGGAACCGAAUCAGCAGAUUUACCCAAAGCCCAAACAAUCAAAAUAUCAGAAGGUGUUCAGGCUACUGAGACUCCUCAGCCUACUGUCCUUAAACCUACCACUGAAGAACAAAUAGUGGCAUCAAAAAUACAAUCUUUGGAAUCUGUUGCUGCUCCUCUUGCCUCUAUACAGACUACAGAUGCAACACCCAUUGAAGCUGCUGACAAAACAGAUGAGUUGAAAUGUAUACCUACAGAACCUACAGUAAGAGAGGAGAAACUGACUACAGAAGAACUCAUACAGCAUGUAAGCUCUCAGGAAGCAGCGGCAAUCCAGAUAGAAUCAGAGACACUACCUACUGAAGUUGUCAUCACAACACUUGAGUUAAAAAGUGAAAUUGCACAACCAAUGGUCAGGACAAAAGCUGAAGUAGACUUUCCAAACAUAAUGCAGCCCCCUACUGUUGAAGCAUCACUUGAAUUUAAGGAGACUUGUGAACUUACAUCUAUGGCAGCAAAUUUGGCAGAAGAUUCUACAUUUCCAGAUAAGCUUAUCCAAAAUGAAGAGUCUGUAAUUCAGUUAAAGAUUACUCCUACUACACCCUGUGAGCAUGAAGGCAUAGUACUGUCAUUAUCAGGGGACAAGAUGAACAACUUGAAGGUGAAUGAUAAAAAGGACCCACAGGGAAAUAAUAUAUUUCCAGUUUCAACUGAAUCAUACAGUUCAUCUGAGGAAGAGCUUAAAGAGAUUCAGAGGGCUAGCGAAUCUCUUUUGAAGGAAACUGCAGCAGAACUUGCUCAUAUUAAAGGAACAGUGUGUAGAAAGCAUUAUUCUGAUUCUGGAUAUGAAGAGUUCAUACAGACAGAGCUAAAGCAAACACUUGCAGAUAAGGAUUUGUCACCAACUUAUCACCAAAGUUACAUUACAAAACAGAUCAGAAAAAAGGACCACCAGAUUCUGCAUGAAGUCAGUGAUGCAGACAGUGGAAGUACUGACCAUGAAGCUGAAAGGAUCAUAAAGAAACUUCAUGUGCCUGAAGAAAGUGCUGAUAGUUGCCUCUUGUCUCAAGAAGACCAAAUAAUGCAUGCCAGUCCGAUCUACAAAACAGUAAAAACAUUUAUCCUGAAUGAUAAUGAAAAGGAAGAAACCACAGACCUUAAGAGCACAAUAGCUAUUUCUGUAGAACAGAAUGUUCCUGUCAGUCAGAUUUCAGAAGAAGAGAGCUUAGCUGAAGAUAUGUCUAAAGAUGGUGGAUCUUCCAGUAUGCAAGUAUCCCAUGUCACAUCAGGAACUACAUCACCUACAUCACUGUCCUCACUUGGUGAAGAAAGUGAUAGCAGUCCAUGUCACAACAAGGAUAGUUUAGAGGGAAAGCAGCAACGGAAAGUUAAGCAUAGGCAAGGUCAACCCCUUCAAAUUAUAGCAGACUCCUCUGAGGAGGAAGAGAUCCUGGAGGAAGGAGAUCAACUUAUAGAACAGGAAAUACAGAGGGAAAGUGAUCAAAGACAAUUCAAAAAGUCUUACAAGAAAUUACAUAAAGAAAAAGAUCCAUUUCUAGAUCAUCCACCAAAUAAUCACUCUCAGAUAGAGUGUAUAUCUCAAACUGAUGAAGUAUCGCAGGUUUCAGAAAUAAACACAUAUGAGACAAUUUCUUACUCUAACAUAUCACCAAGAACAGAGUCAGAACAAGAAAAUGUUGUUAGCCCCCGACUGCCACCAAUGGAUUUAAUGCAUGAUGUUGGAGAGAAACAAUUAAAGAGUGCAGAUGAGGCAUAUGAAGAAAUGAUGCAGAAAGCCCAAGAACUUAAAGCUAUGACAAAGAAAAUCACUCCACCUGAUAUUGAGCCACUGUAUGGAGGCAUGCUGAUAGAGGACUAUGUUUAUGAGUCACUAGUGGAGGAACCAGCUCAGGCUAUAGCAGCUGAUCAUAAUACUACUGUAGAUGAGUACUUGACUAAUUUGUCUGUUACAGAAACAGUAAGAAAGCUUAGAACACCAGAGGAAGCCUAUGAGGAGAUGCAGAAAAAUAGAGAACUCAUGCUAAAAGAUCAAACAAUUGAACAUGCAUAUGUAAACAAGCCUGACACUGACACUUGUUAUGUGAAUAUAUCAGAACAUUAUGAGUUUACAAAACACCAAGAUGAAAAUUGGCAGUGGUAUGCCGAAACCACAAAUGAUGAACUGCUGAAUAGGGAAAAAGACAUUAUGACACCAGGAACAAGUCCUACACAAUCAACUCCAACUCCUCUAUCACCAGUAUCACCUUUGUCUUUGUCUGAGCCUUUACAUGAUUCUACUGAAGUAAUACAAAUUCCCUCAAGUGGGGAAGAGGAUAAUGACAAGGAUGAAUUUGUAACUGAACCUGUUGAGUGUACUAUGGAGCCUUACAGGGCUGGGUCAACAUCUCCACAAGAUCAGCCUCUUAAAAAUGUUCUCUAUCCUAUUCCUGACCUGAAAAUUACUCAGUGUUCAUCUGGUGAAGAGGAGGCUGAGGAUGAAAGCAUCACACAAGAGUAUGAAAUAGUUAUGUUAAAUGGUAUUGCUCAGUGUGAUGACAAAUCAGAGGGAGCUUCUGAAUUCAAAGAAUAUUCAGUAGAGGCACAGUCAAUAGAGUCUGAGCCCACGUCUGUUGUGUCUGAAGUUGCACUAUCAAAAUUAGCAUUUGAACAUGUGUCUCUUGCUUCUGCUUGGGAUUCACAAGCAUCAGCUCUGUCUCCACCAAAUGCAGACAAAUCACUUGUGGAAGUAACAGCAGCCCAUGAACUCCCUGCUGCAGUUUCACAAACCUUCCAGUCUGUAGAACAUGCUGUCACAAAGGUUUUUCCAAUCAUAAAUACAACUGUAGACUUUGUCACUUUGUCUUCUCUACCAACACAGUCUAUAGGAGUGGACACAAAGCCAAAUACAGGAAAUGUUCAACUUGCAGUACAUGGCUCUCAGACUGUGACUCCUGCUCUGCAGACAGGACAAGGUACUGCUAUCAUUGUGCCAAGUGUUGAAAAUAUACAUAUGAUAAAACAAGAAACACAGGAUAUCAUUACUAAUACACCCACCUCCAUUCAACAAGCUGGAAGUCCACCUGUUAUUGUGAGCGUAUCCACUGUUAUCAGUUCAGAUGCUUCUCCUCGUGUGGCACUGAAAGCUAGCUUGUCUAGUGACUUAACUUUUGUGUCAACACAACUUGAACCUCAAGUGGCAACAAUCUCCAGAGAAAGAGCAGAUAACCCAGUCAUUGAAUUUCCACCACCACCUGCAGCUACACCACCAGCUCUACCACCUGAUAGUUUACUUAAUACACCUUUUAACCAACAAUCAAUGGCACCCACUACUACUGAGUCUGUCAAAAGUAUAGCCAGCCAAGCACCUAGGGCAUCAGUGAAACAAGUUGCAACCACCAUACACAAGUCACCUCCCCCAGUACCACCUAAACCAUUUUGUCUACAAGGUGGCCUGGUGUUCAGUCACAAAUCAAGAGAAAGUGUGAAACCAUCAGUAAUUCCUGAAUCUGCAGUUGCCCAAGUUGGCCAUGCUGCAACUUUACCAAGAACAAGAGAACCUCCCAAGGCCCUUGCAUUGUCCUUGACUGCCCCUGCUGAUAUGAAACACAGUAUUUCAUCUCCAAAAUCUCCCUUGUCACCUAGAUUUGCAAAAACUCUUGAGACAUAUGUAGUUAUAACAUUGCCAUCAGAACCAGGUUCACCAGUGGAAGGUGUUACAACCCAAGCUCCAAUACGUAGACCAUCUCUACCUACUCCUAAGCAGCAGGGUCUUGUUAGUGUAUCAACAAUGUUUACUCCACCUGUGGUGUGUGCAUCAAUGGCCAUGAUUUCACAACCUGGAGUAGCUACCCCACCAAAAGUAAUAUCUGCCCCUGUUUUAACAGCACCAAUUAUUCCAGGACAAACUGGGUAUUCGGCACCAGAUGUUACAAGUAAGACAGCAAUACAUAGUGCAUCUACUAUGAUUUCAACAACUGAUGUGACAGUUGCUCCAGCAUCAAGUGCAGUUUUAGCACCACAUUCAGUAGCACCAAGCCUUGCCUUUGUGCCCCAAACAGAAACAGAUGUACUGCCCAUUAGCAUUUAUGAGGAAAAAACUAUUUACCGUGUACCACCUGUGACCACAACAGUAUAUCCUUUACCAACAAUAGUUUCCAUGCCCACUGUAACAUCACCAGUUCUGGUUGAAAUUCCGGACUUUACUACAGAACCAAAAAUAAAUACUGUGUCUACAGUGUUCUCGGCACCAGCAUCAAGUGUGUUUUCAGUACCAUGUUCAGUAGGACCAAGCCUUGCUUUUGUGCCCCAAAUAGAGACAGAUACAGUAGUACCAAUCCAAAAUGAAAUUUAUGAGGGAAAAUCCACUUACUUUGCAUCACCUGAGAACACAACAGUAUAUCCUGCAGCAACAGUGGUUUCUGUAACAUCACCAGAUACAUUGCUUGCAGUAUCAGCUGUGGCUGAAAUUCCAGACAUGUCCAUAGAACCAGAAACAAAUAAUGUGUCAACAGUGAUCUCAGCUACAGAAGUGUGUGCCACGCAUAUGUCAGCCCCACAAACCAAUUCUCAGUCAGUGGUACCGGCAUCACUACUAAUACAAGAAAUACCUGUAGAGUUGACACCAGCAGCCUUUACAGUAGGUAUUACUCCAACAUCGCUAAGGGAACCUUUAGCGUCACAUGAUGUCAUGCAAGGGCCUGAGAGGCAAAUGAUUCAAACAGUUUAUUCUGCUCCUAUGCCCAAUGUCCCAUUGUCCACAGAUAAUCUGUUGGAAAUGGAAGAAGAGGCUAAAUCCAGAAAAGGUCCAUCCUCUGACCUGAUUCAACCACACCAAAUUUUGUUUGAUUCACAAAUUGUUCCAUCAGCAUCUGCAUCAACAUAUAUACCAACUGCACCAGUAACAUUUGCUCAAUUCAAAAAAUCAGUUGAGAGUCAAGAACUAAGAGGAACUGAUGAAGUCUUGUCUAGCAUGAGCCAACUGUACUCUACACUUGCAACAACCGAACAGCACCAAUAUACAUUACCUAAUCUUUUGGCACAAGUUGUCAAAACUGAAGUCCAGAGAACUACUACAGUAUCAGUUGUUCAAGAAAGAAUACCUCUAGAACCUAUUUCAGAACCUACAUGCAAACAAGCAACACCUAAACAAAGUGGAAAAACACGUUGCAUUGACGAUGUUAUAGAUCUCACAACAUUAAAGGUCAGUGUUUCAAUGACUGACAAGGGAAUGGAUCUGACAGCCCCUGAGUCAAAUCUGCAGUCUUUCUCAAAUGAUUCAAGUAGUCGACAGAUAACUGCUGUGCAUCCAGAGAUUGUAAACCUAAGUGCUGAGAUAACUCCUGCUACAACACUCUCUUUUGUGACAGACAGUAUCAGUGUUGUUACCUGCACUGCAACAUUCACAUACAACAACAACAUUACAGUUGACACUCCCCCCAAUUUACAAAGUGUUACUUCAAUGCCUUUGCCACUUAAAACAUACAAACCAUUUGAACCCCUGGCACAAAUAGUUUACAGACCAGUGAAUUCACAAACAAAACCAACAACCAAUUCAGAGAUCCCCAUAAACCUAUCAUGCGGGCCUGCUGAAACCACAGAUCCUGUAUAUUUACCUGUCACAAUGGCCCCAAUAAUCUGCACACCUUCCAAUGUACCUAUUCAUGGUGAGCCUUCUGCAAUUGGAGCUAUUGAUCUCACAAUAUCAAAGCCAAAGAGAACUAUGUUGGCUCUUGCUGCAUCCACUGGGGUGGUUACAAGUGUUGUUGAAGAAGAUGUGGCGCCUGUAGAUCUGACUGCAGGGAGGCGAACAGUGUGUUGUGACAUCCUCUAUAGACUUCCAUUCACAGGAAGCUGCAGAACACAGCCUCCAGUUCCCACAACAGAUGAACAGCUUGCCUUAAGUAAUUAUAAUCAACAUAAUGCCACAACCCUACGACUCGAAGAUCUCAGCAAUAUAAAAACAUUAGGCUUUGGCAGUAAUUUUACACAAACCGAUUUGGUCACAAAAAAUGGAUUUGUCAGCCAAAAUGAUGCAUCAGAUGGGGCAAUCGAUUUGACAUCAGCAAAAAUAUCAAGAGAUGAAGCCCUGGACUACUCAAAGAAAGGCACAGUGUCAUUUUCUGGGGUAACCACCACUUCCUCUUCCCAAGGAAUAUCCUCAGGAAUUAAUGCUGUACUAAGAUCAUCAAGUGGAGUUGUGUACUCAUCUGUUGCUCCACCAAUUCCAUCCACAUUUGCAAUUACCACUCAGCCAGGCUCAAUAUUCAGUACAACAUGUAACAGUCUCACCACUAUAACAGAGCCAUUUUCAACACAGAUCCAGGCUUCACCAUAUGAUCUAAUGAAUUCCACUGAAUGCAACCAAUCAAUAUUCUUAGAAACUGGUCCAACCAAGGAUAUAUUGCCUUCUGCCUUUGCCAACCUACUUCCCUCAAUAUCAGCCUUCCCAGAACUAUACUCUGAUGCUACUCUUGAGGUCAUUGCAGCCUCUCUGGAUGCCCUUGUCUCCCCAAAUUUCCCUACCUUUGAUGACAGCAAAAGUCAGCAGUACCAAGCUGAACAUGAGUUUUUGCAAUUAGAGAAACUGAAGCAGCUGUGCCUGGCUGAGGAGCUUGAAUGGGAGAGACAGGAGAUACAACGUUAUCGUGAGCAGGAACAACUAAUUGUUCAAAAGGAAUUAGAGGAACUGCAGAGCAUAAAACAACAACUCCUGAUGCAGCAAGAACAGGAACGCAAGGCCCAUUUCAUUCUUCAACAGGAGACCUUUGCCCAGCAGCAACUACAGCUUGGGCAAAUCAAACUUCUACAACAGCAACUCCAGCAACAGUUAAAGGAACAAAACAUAUAUCCAUAUGGAUUUGAUGGCAUAUCUCAAACCACUAGUUCAGGUGUUAUCUUGGAUUCCCAGUAUGGCAGAGGAGAUGAUGGGCAGUACUGGCCAGUGAAGGAUGACAACACAUUAUCAAAAGUCACUGUCUCUUCAGUUAGCCAAGAUUGGCAUACUGUUCCAUCUGUUGAUUUAAUACAGCAUAGUUUGAACAUACCUAAAUCAGAAGAUGAUCUUAAAGAAACAGAGGAACAAAAACAGGAUUCAGAGAAGCUGCCUGCCAUAACCAAGCAAGUCACUGGUCAGAAUGUAGGGUUAAGUAGUAAGAAAAUAACUAGUAAUUGUGUUCAAACAGAUGAGGAGGAAGGAUUGGAAAGACCUUACCCUGGGAGGAGAAGAAAAAGUAGGAAAAGUGUAGACAGCUGUGUGCAAACUGAUGAUGAAGAUCAGGAUGAAUGGGAUGUCCCUGCUAGAAGCAGGCGCAGGUCUCGCUCUAGCAGAUAUGCAGAUGGAGAAAGGCUUAGAGGCUCCAAAGUAUCCAGCAUUGCAAUCCAAACUGUGGCCGAGAUCUCAGUUCAGACAGAUCACUCUGGAACUCUAAAGAGGUCACCUGUGCGAGCACAAGUAGAUGCUACAUUUGACCUGCACAGAGGAGGAGAAAUAGAGAGUGACUCAGAUUUUACAUCUGACAAAGAUAAGAAACAUUUAUCUCCCAUCGAAGUUGGUGUCAACACUCAUCUAAAAGCAGAUGGUAUUAGCAUCGCUUCAGUACCCAAAUCUCCAAAGGUAUUGUACUCCCCAGUCUCACCUGUGUCCCCUGGAAAGGGCACUCAGAAAAUGCUAACAGCCGAACCACCAAGACACCUAAGUAGCCCAAGAUCAUUGAAGGCCUCGCAACGAUCACUGUCUGAUCCCAAGUCUCUGAGUCCCACAACUGAUGACAGAAUCAUGUACCAGUACUCAGAUGCCUGUUCAAGCAAAGGUUCACAGAGCAGUACUCCAGUGGGCUCCCACAAGAAAAUAAAGCGUACCCUUCCUCAUCCACCACCAGAUGAGGACACUGUUGUUGGCCCCUUGGGAUACAGUACUGGUUCAUCCCGAAGAAGAAUGUGUAGAAAUACUACCAUGGCUAGAGCAAAAAUCCUGCAAGAUAUUGACAAAGAGUUAGAUUUGGUUGAGAGAGAGUCUUCCAAACUCCGCAAGAAGCAAGCAGAACUGGAUGAGGAAGAGAAAGAGAUAGAUGCCAAGCUGCGGUAUCUUGAAAUGGGUAUCAAUAGAAGGAAAGAGGCUUUAUUAAAAGAAAGGGAAAAGAGGGAGAGGGCAUAUUUACAAGGGGUGGCAGAGGAGCGUGACUAUAUGUCUGAUAGUGAGGUUAGUAACAACAGAGAGACACGGGGUAAUGCUCAUGGACUAGAACGACCAAGGACUGCCCCUCAGUCAGAAUUUAACCAGUUCAUUCCACCACAGACUGAAGCUGAAUCUCAGUAUGCACAACUUGCAUACUCUCAUUAUCAGUAUGCCUCCCAAAGUGAUUCCCCAAGUCACUAUUCCCAGCAAACUCUUUACCAACAGCCAUCACUUUAUCAUCAACAGGUGUCUCCCUAUCAGACCCAGUCAAUAUACUCUUCAGUGCCCACACUUAGCCAGCAAUCACAACAAACAGGUUAUGACCAUGCCUCCCAACUCCUUCUAAUGCAACAAAAAACCCGGCAAACUACCUUGUCUGACUUGGAGCCAAAAAUAACAACUAAUUAUGAGGUUAUAAGAAAUCAGCCUCUCCUACUUGUUCCCACAUCUACAGAGAGUGCCUAUGGGGUCUCACAUCUUGCAAGUAAAUAUAGUAGCCUAGAUCUGAGGAUUGGGCUUGAGGAAAGAGGCAGUAUAGCCAGCAGUCCCAUGUCCAGUAUUUCAGCAGAGUCCUUCUAUGCGGACAUUGACCAUCACAAUGUCAGAAACUAUGUUAUGAUUGAUGACAUAGGUGAGCUUACCAAGGGGUCUAGAGGCUUGGGCUCCAGCUUCAAUGUUCCUGAUAAGGAUAUCAGCAAAAGUGAUCGGCUACUUCGUGUUGCUGAUGUUCGUCGAACAACAGAUGUGACUGACUUCAUUGGACCGCUACAGGCUACCUCAAGAUUACAUUCAUAUGGUAAGCCAGAGGAGGACUCAAUGGAGGAGCCAUACGAGUUAAAGCUGCUAAAACAGCAAAUCAAGCAAGAGUUCCGCAGGGGCACAGACAGUCUGGAACAACUCACAAGUCUUCCUCACUACCUGCACACUGACAGUUUUAGACAUUUUCCUAAAUCUGAAAAAUAUAGUAUUGGAAGACUUACACUAGAAAAGCAAGCUGCUAAACAGCUUUCAGCCUCAGUCCUUUACCAGAAACAGUUAAAGAAUAAAAGAACACUAAUUGAUCCCAAAAUUACAAAGUUUUCACCUAUACAAGAGAGCCGGGACCUGGAACCUGAUUACAGCAGUUUUUUAUCUUCUACUGGCUCAGCAAUGGGAGGACUGUCCAGCAGAGCAAGGCUGCUUCAGGAUGAAAUAACUUUUGGCCUGAGGAAGAACCUAGCUGAGCAGCAGAAAUACCUCGGCUCUACGCUUAGCACCAACCUGGCUCAAUCACUGAAUCUUGGUCAUUCUCUCAAUCUUGGCCCAAACUUGAGAUCAUCCCUCACGGAUGAUGGCACUUAUCCCAGUGGUACACGGUCCAGACCUUCUUCAAGGCCUUCCUCUGUAUAUGGACUUGACUUAUCCAUCAAAAGAGACCUUUCCAGCUCUUCACUAAGGUUAAAGUCAGAGGGUGAAGGUAUAGAUUCCCAAUUUGGAAUAGCAAGGGUAAAACCAACAAGUUUACCUAUCAGCCAAAGCAGGGGCCGCAUUCCCAUUGUAGCACAGAACUCAGAAGAAGAGAGCCCGCUGAGCCCGGUUGGACAACCCAUGGGUAUGGCAAGGGCAUCUGCAGGUCCACUACCACCUAUCUCUGCUGAUUCUCGGGACCAGUUCGGUUCCAGUCAUUCUCUGCCAGAGGUACAGCAACAUAUGAGAGAAGAAUCACGAACACGUGGCUAUGAUAGGGAUAUAGCCUUCAUUAUGGAUGACCUACAGGGAGCUAUGUCAGACAGUGAAGCCUACCACCUGCAGCAUGAAGAGACUGACUGGUUUGAUAAACCACGUGAGGGACACAGUGGAUCAAAGCCAGGACAGGAUAAAAGACAGGUGAAAGCUAUGCAUUACCCUUUCCCCCACACUCGCAUUAAACUACAGAGAGACCCUAAGGACCACAGUGUAUCAGGGGGUGGUUUUGGCAUACGAGUGGUGGGAGGGAAGGAGAUUCCAGGUACUAAUGGAGAGAUUGGAGCAUACAUUGCUAACUUGACACCUGCAGGCACUGCUGAGCUGUCAGGAAAGGUUGUAGAAGGAAUGCAGGUCCUGGAGUGGAAUGGAAUCCCUCUUAUGGGAAAAACCUAUGAGGAAGUACAGAGCAUUGUGGGUCAGCAGAUUGGGGAGGUAGAGAUAUGUUUGCGCUUAGAUCUGAAUAUGCGGUCAGACUCAGACAGUCCCAAGUAUUUAGAGCUGCAGUCUCAGCUAAAAGUUGCUGAGCACCAACGUUCUCCGGGUGUCGAUCCUAAGCAGUUGGCUGCAGAGCUGCAGAAGGUCUCUCAGCAGCAGGCUCCUUCCUCUGUGCUGACUGUGCUGGAGAAGGCAGGACAUCUUCACUCAGCAACAGCUUCCACUGCCUCCAGUGGAGUCCCCAGCCCUGGACAGCCUGGAUCUCCCUCGGUCAGCAAGAAGCGUCACAACAAGUCAGGUGAUGGGGUGAAACCACAACCACAUCCCAUCACUGGUGAAAUACAACUACAAAUCAAUUAUGACAAGAAUAUGGGUAACCUGAUCGUCCACGUUCUACAAGCUCGAAACCUUGCACCAAGAGACAACAAUGGAUAUUCAGACCCUUUUGUCAAGGUGUAUCUCCUGCCAGGAAGAGGUGCUGAAAAUAAGAGAAGAACUAAAUAUGUGCAGAAGACCCAGAACCCUGAGUGGAACCAGACUGUCAUCUAUAAAAACAUUCACCUCGAGCAGCUGAAGAGGAAAACCCUUGAAGUGACAGUAUGGGACUAUGCCAAAUAUUCCUCCAACGACUUCUUGGGAGAAGUGCUCAUAGAUCUGUCUAACACUGCUCAGUUGGACAACAUGCCUCGCUGGCACCCCCUAAAGGAACAGAGCGAAAGUAUCCACCAUAGUAGAGGACAUCCACCACAUGGAGGAGUUGGAGGAUCAGGUGGCCAAGGAGGCCAUGGAGGUCCUGGAGGCCCUGGUGGAUCAGGUGGACCUGGGGGCACAGGAGGCCAACCUAGUAGUGAACAAUCCCCCAAAACCUCUGUCAUCAAGAGCAGAAGCCAUGGCAUCUUCCCUGACCCUGCUAAAGAUACUCAGGUCCCCACUAUUGAGAAAUCCCAUAGUAGCCCAGGCAGCUCAAAAUCCUCGUCUGAGAGUCAUCUGCGUUCACAUGGCCCCUCUCGCAGUCAGAGCAAGAGCAGUGUUACUCAGGCUCACCUCGAGGAUGCUGGGAAUGCCAUUGCUGCUGCCGAGGCUGCAGUGCAGCAAGCCCGCCUCCAGCCAAACAGAGUAGGACACAUACUGAAUGAUGGAGAUGGAUACACCCUGGACAGUGAGGAUGGCACAGGCACUAAUGCAGUGGACAGUGCUAUCUUUCAGGUGCCUCAGCUGAAGACGAUUCCUAAUGGUUUGGAUUUGAGAGGCUCAGACUCUCUGAAGAAUCUGCAUGACUCUGAAAAUAAGAACCAUAUGAUUGGAGAGAUCAAGGUUGCACUGAAGAAAGAGAUGAAGACUGAAGGAGAACAGCUGGUUCUUGAGAUUCUGCAGUGCAGGAACAUUACUUACAAGUUCAAAUCUCCAGAUCAUCUGCCUGAUUUGUAUGUGAAGCUCUAUGUGGUUAACGUGGCCACACAAAAGCGGAUCAUAAAGAAAAAGACGAGAGUGUGCCGCCAUGACCGAGAGCCUUCCUUCAAUGAGACUUUCCGCUUCAGUCUCAACCCGGCCGGUCACUCCAUUCAGCUGUUCCUGGUGUCUAAUGGAGGGAAGUUUGUGAAGAAGACACUGAUUGGUGAAGCUUACAUCUGGUUGGACAAAGUGGACAUGCGGAAGCGAGCAGUGAGCUGGCACAAAUUAGUGGCCAGUUCUCCUCAUAUGCAGCCCUGAUCCGUACCAACCAGCGCAGAAAUAAGUGACUGUGAUUGAAAAAAUUAAGACAGUGGCAUUUCAGUAAUAACUGUGUCCUGAUCAAACCUUAUUGACAAGUACAUAGUAAACUUUAUUGAAAUUCUGACCCUCAGUCAAUAGGUUUAAAAGCUUUCUUAGCUGUUGCAAUUAAUGUACAGUGUUUAUAUGUAAGUGGAUGAAAGCAAAUUAAGCAAAAAAAUAUAUACAGAGAAAUCAGUAGCAAAAUUUCUGAUCUUUCAGAAAAUAUAACCACCUCGUUCCCUCUCAGUCCACUGUAUAGUUUAUAUGAUUAAAUUUAUCAUAUCAGAUUAUGUUAUGUACAUACUGAGAAAAUAAAAUAAAAAAUAGUUCAGAUUUUUUUAUGUGAUAAAUACAGUAUGAACCUUCAGAAUAGCUUGAUUAAGCACACAUGCUCAAUGAUGCUCAGUCUCUACUGUCUUAUUCAGUGUCACAACAAUAUUUUGUUAAACUUUUCAUCUGAAUAUAAGAUUUUUAUGUAGCAUUCCAUUGGUCUAUGGAUAAAUGUGGUAUCACUUGGUUGUAUCACUUGGACUUCAUUCCUUCUAGAGGCUGCAGUGGUGGUAAAAGAACCCCUGCUAGUUUUAUUUCAUAUUCCAUACACAUUUGUAGACCAUGCACUAUGUUCUUGAAAGAGCCUUAAGUGCUCUGAAAAGUCAUAGUAACAACUACAUUGAAUCAAUACAAAUAAUGAUUGUAUGUGUUUGUAUUUAUUUGAAAACAUCUCGAAAUAAUUGUCAUGUAACUGUUCUGAUGUCAAGAGUGAUUCCUGUUUUGUGACAAAGUUCUGUGUUCAAACAAAUAUGCAAUGAAGAAAAGGAUGAAAAAAUAUAGAUACAGAUUUCUGAAUUGGCUCAGCUGAAAUCUGGUCACUAUUUGUGUGGUGCAAGGUGUCUGUAUAAAUGAGUGUCACUGUGGUGCGGUUUAAAGCUGUUACAUUUUUCAUUGGCUUUUGGAAUGAAUAAUUGUUGCUGCUCAUCUCAGUUUUAGUAGCAGAGAAACAAACAUAUUCACUGCCUGCACCAUAUCAGUGUAAAAGAUGCGUAAAAGGACAAGUGUAUUCGGUUGUGCUCAAAUACCAGACAGUGACCAUCGGUUUAGUUCCAAAAAUGAUUAGACGAAUAAAUACAUCAACGCAGAGAUCUCCUCAAAACAACAGCGAUCAGUGUUUCCAUAUCAGUCAGUGGAUUUUUUUGCAAAUGGGGAAAAAAGAUCUUUAAUGAUUUUUUUAAUUAACAUAUUCAGCAUAUUUUGUAAAGAUAGUGUACAGAUAUAACUUGGGCUUGAACAAAGAAAUGUUUGUGUGGUAACGGGGUUGCUGUCACAGUGAAAUGAACUAUGUGCCAACCUAAUGUCCUAACCAAAUCCACUGCUUCAUUUUGGGUAUUUCUAUGCAACAUGAAUUAUGCCUGGAUGCAUUUCUUCAGAGUUUGAAUAUAUAUAAUAUAUAAAUCUUUUAAAUAUAAUUUUACUUUUAAUUUUACUUCUAAUGAAGAUAUAUAAAUACAUAUGUAUAAACUGUUUUGACAGUAGAUUUUGAGAAUAUGCACUUUAGUUAAAUUUCUGUUCCAAUGUGUUUUGGACUCUCCAUUAUGAAUAUGUGAAAGUUAUUGCUACAUGGAAUACAGUGACCUGUGAAUUGUCCUGGGGAAAAGAGGCGCUGCUUAAUCUAAAAUCUAAAAAAAAAAAAAAAAGAAAAAAACUUCUGCCUUGUUGGUGCUUUACAAACUAUGAGAACCCACUCUUAAUGGCCAAUUAAAUCUCAUCAAAUCACUUGAAAAUCAUCAUUUUUUCGUCUAACGCAUUCCACGUGUGUAUCUGGAUUUCAAUCAAAAGCUGUGUCCCCUUUAAAUAAUGAUCGAAAUAUAGCUGUUGUCUCCUCUCUGUUGUGUCAGUGUAAUGUCCGCCUGGUUUGUUAUGCUGUAUUCCUGGGAACUAACAUGAUGAGUCUGAUGUAUUCAGUUGCAGUAAAUGGUUUGAAUGUGAUUUGAUUAUUUUUGAUUAUGUAAAUACAUAAGAUAUUUUCUAUAAGAAGAGGUUUGAAUAUUUAUUUGGUUUGACACUGAGCAUGUGCGUGUGAACUCAAGGUCAAAGUCCUGUCUGUACAUAUGUAUUUGUCUAAAUAUGUGAGCAAGUGAUCCAUGUGAUUAUCUGGAUGAUGUCAAUCAACCCAUAUCAGUCUCUCUAAUAAAAUCUGUGAAAUCUCACACAAUGAAGAUAAUGAGGUGAAAAAAGUACACAAAAUCAUCAAUGAAUUUCUAUGGUUUUACAUGGAUGUUGCAUGUUCUGCUAGAUGUCUGUUGAUAUUUUUGCCUACAGAUUCUGUUUAAAAAAGGAGAAAUGAGUACCUUUAUCUGAAAAUUGUAUGCUGACUUAAAAUGCUUGUAAAAUGAGUCUUGUUUUUUUUUUCACUUGUAAAAAUGAGAAAUUUAAUGUCAUGGUUUUAUGGUUGUCCAUAGGAUGUCAUGAAAUUAUGCAAAUUGUGCUGUAGGAAAAAAAAAAGAAAAGAAAGAAGAAAUAUGAAUAAAAUGUUCCCUAAAUCUAAUAAAUAUUAGAGAUUCUAUUGUAAAUGUAAAAAUGUGCCUUAAUUUCCUUAUUUAAUUUCACACAGAUGGCCUGUUUUUGUGUAGCAAUUAGGUUCAUUUUUAUACUGUAGUAUAAUAGUAUGAAGUCUGUAACAUUUUGAGAAAACAAGUGAGUUCCCGCCUUGUUUUUUUUUUUAUUUUUUUUUUUUUGUUUUUGUUUUUUUGUAUGGUUGGCAUGCAUAUCUCUGUAGACUUGAAAUAGCUUGCAAUCUUUCAAUAUAGAGUAUGUCCUGAUGUAUCAUAGUAGCUACUAUCAGUUAAUGUGGCAUGUACCAUUUUCCACUCUAUACACUGAAUCAUUUCAGCUGCAGGACCUAAAACAGAAACUAGCUAUAAAAAUGUAAAGUCUCCUUUUCCAUUAAUGAGGCAUCAAUGGGCCUAAUUUAUAAAGCUGGAUACACUCUAAAAAAAAUGCUGGGUUAUUUUUUUCUACCCAAAUGCUGGGUUGAGCUUUUUGGGUCAUUUAAUUGGGUUAUUUUCUCAGUCUUGUGUAGUUUUUGGGUAGUUUUGUGUAACCCAACAGCUAGGUUAGCGGCUGGGUCAUUUUCACUGACAGCUGAAUCAAUGCACCCCUCCCCCACCCUCAGCCAGGCUGGUGCCAGGAGUGGUGCAUCACAUCUGAUUCAUUCAAAUUCAGAAUUCAAGUAAAGCCAAAUUCCCUGACAUCCAUGGCCUCUAUGUAUGACCCUCUG